AAUAGCAAUUUGGGAUCAUCUUCUUCAUCUCUCUCUCUUUCGAUCAUGGCGGAGAUCUCCUUCAUCGCUGUGCAGUGCUUCCAGUGCUCAACCAUGCAGGUAAAGCAGCAGAAGAGGAGCAGCAACAAAUGGGUGUGCGCGGUGUGCAACGAGCGGCAGUCGGUGCGGCAAAUCCACGCCCGCAGUUACCUCGCCAAAGACGUUCGCCUCUUCGUCCAGUCCUUCAACAUGUCCCGCCUCGCCCAUCCAUCCAACGUCCCUGAUCUGACCCCCCCUCUGCUCCGAUUGGACGAGGAAGCCUGUGGCACUGGAAAUAGAAGGAAGAGGAUGGAUUGGACGGAGUAUUUGGAUCCAGAUCGUGAGGAAGCAGAGAAGGAUGAAGACGGCGAUGGCGGAUCUGAAUCUGAACCAAGGAUAACUACUGAGUUGCCCCAGAAGAAACGUGGUAGGAACUUCACGAAAUACCCUGGCGUAGGCCGUGCCGGCGGGGAUGAUCUCCAGCCUAUUUCGUCCAAGAGACGAGCAGAUCAUUGCCAGGGUGCUACUUUGUCUACGAAAUGCCAGAAGAUAGAUAUGGCUAAAACAGAGUCCAAAUGGAGUGAGUAUUUGGAAGAGUGUGAUGAGGAAGAGGAGAACAAAAAUAUCAAUGCUGAUGGACAAUCGGCGUCUGGGCUGAAGUUCCAGUUUAGUGAUGUUCAAGUGGAAGAAGAAGUUCAUCCUGACUUUAAUAGAUAGCCUUCUCGAACUUCAUUCCAGUAGUUCCCUCACUCUAUUAUUUUUUAUGUCAGCCUACUUUUGCUUGUUCAAAUUACUGCAUUUAAUUUCAGUGAUGUUCUAGGCUCGGUGGAAAAGGAUCUACCUUGACUCCUAAUCAUUGCUUUUCCACACCUCAUUGUAGUAUUACCCUUACUCUGUUAAAUGCUCAAUAAGUCCUCUAUUGCAACCAUACGAGGUUACCUAAUAAUUAGAUGCGUGCAAAUCUAGUUCAUUGAUGUUACAGUUGAAGAAGAGCGAACACUUUCCUUCAAACUUAAAGCACUUUGAUCAAUGUGGUCCCUGAACAAGUGUGAAGUGAUGCUCAGAAGUCACUACUCUGAUCCAAAUCCGAACUCGCCUGCAAAUUCAGAAGCAGCACACAUGUGUAGCGAGAACAAGUAGGAGUACAACAUGAGGUUUUGGGAGAUCAUGGAGCAGAGCUGGACAGCUGACUGAU